AUGGCGCUUAACUGGCCCGGCCUGCUGUCGAUCGGGGUGUUCUACCUUAUCGUCCUCGUGACAGGCGUCUGGGCGUCCAGGAAGUCCAAACACGAGGAGAGGAAGUGCACUGGAAACCUUAGUGAGGUUGCCAUGGUUGGAGGGCGGAACCUCAACAUCUGGGUCAGCAUCUUCACUACCACAGCUACAUGGGUGGGAGGAGGUUUCAUCUUAGGCAAUGCUGAGGUGGUCUACGACCCUAAAAGGGGCCUGGCUUGGGCCAUCGGACCAAUAGGCUUCACCCUUAGCCUGGUUGUAGGUGCGUUGUUCUUUGUGAAACCGGUCCGAGAGAAGAAUUACGUCACCAUAAUGGAUCCGUUCCAGGAGAAGUAUGGAAACACGUUAACUGCUAUUCUCUUUGUCCCAUCACUCCUUGCUGACAUCUUCUGGAUAGCCUGUGUGCUCGCUGCAUUGGGGGGAACGGUGAGUGUGAUCAUGGAUAUCCCAUCACCCUUGGCUGUGGCCCUGUCUGCUGCCGUGGCAAUUCUCUACACAUUGCUGGGAGGGCUGUACUCGGUGGCCUACACUGAUGUCAUCCAGCUCAUCUUCAUGUUCCUCAGCCUGUGGUUCUGUGUGCCCUUCAUACUGAUGAGCCCCGCCUCAACAGACAUUACAGUCACAGCGGUGACAAAACUGUAUCAGGAGCCAUGGACCGGCAGGCUGAAGUUGGCAGAUGCAGGGCGCUGGCUGGAUGACCUGCUACUGGUGACUCUAGGUGGAAUCUGUUACCAGUCCUUCUACCAGAGAGUCCUGGCCACAGCCACUGUGGCUCAGGCUCAGUUCACCUGCUAUGCUGCCUCUGUCUUCUGCUUCAUCCUCGCCAUACCACCUCUUCUCAUUGGUGCUGUGGCAGCAUCCACAGAUUGGAACCAGACCAGUUUUGGUCUACCUACUCCCUAUGAGCAGGGCAAGGCGGGUAUGAUUCUGCCCAUCUCCCUGCACCACCUGUGUCCACCUUUCGUCUCUCUUGCUGGAAUCGGCGCCAUUGCUGCUGCUGUGAUGUCAUCGAUUGACUCUGCCCUGCUGUCUUCUGCGUCCCUUUUUGCCCGAAACAUCUACAAAAACAUUUUCAGCAAAAGGGCCUCUGAGAAACAGAUUCUACUGGUUGUAAAGGUGUCCAUCCUACUGUUUGGUUUGAUGGGGGCGGGCUUGGCAAUGACGACCUCCUCUGUGUAUGUCUUCUGGAUUCUCAGUGGAGAUGUGAUGUACACGGUGGUGUGUGCACAGUUGAUCUGCGUCCUCUUUCUGCCUGGGAAGGUCAAUGGGUAUGGUGCCUUGGCAGGCCUUGUGGUAGGGCUACUGCUGCGGUUCCUAGUAGGAGAGCCCCUGCUUGGUGUGCCUGGACUCAUGCCCCUUCCCUGGGACAGCCUACACGAGGACGGGCGUCUGCUGCAUGUCUUCCCGUACCGCACCGGCAUCAUGUUGGUCUCUCUGGCCACCAUCCUGAUUGUGUCACGUUUCGCAGCCUGCCUUUUCCUUAAAGGGCUACUGCCUGACAACUGGGAUGUAUAUGAACUUGGUCAAAAAAGGAGGAUUUUGAUUAAGGAUAUGGUAGCUAAGGAUCUGACUGAGAAGAUUGGACUGAACACAAGGCAGAUGGACCCAUCUCCUCAUGCUAGCACAGAAGAUAUGAGAUCUUUACAAUGA